AUGAGGAAGGCGAAGCGGUUGCUCAAUCGAUAUCUUCGGUUGCCGUUCUUCUGGUUCAUAUCUGUUUGCUUAUUCUGUGUACUUGUUGUUUCACUGAUGCAGACACAUGUGCAUUCCAGUGGUGGACACAAUAGUCUAAGAAUAUUUGGCAGGCAUAGGAGUAGAAAUGUAUUCCACGCGGGUGUGGCAGCAGAACGGAAAAUCUAUUUAAAAAGAAUACGCUUACAGAGGAAACUAUCCAAAUUGUUGCCUACUCUAGGGAACUGGCAACUCAACAAAACUGGAAUAAUGGAAUUAAAACAACAACUUAAAGAUCACCUUGAACUCACACAAUUUAUUUGUACCAAAAAGAGUUGCCCGCUCGGUAGCAAGUACUAUGACACCGUUACUAUGCAUAACAGAUCAAUGACUAUCCACAAAGAAAUGCUGGAACUGUUACCAAUGGAAUCCCCUUUCAAAACAGUUGGAGCCAUGUUUAAAUCAUGCGCUGUUGUGGGCAAUGGCGGAAUUCUAAGAAACAGCAGCUGUGGUAAAAAAAUUGACCAAUCGGAUUUUGUGUUUCGAUCGAAUCUUCAACCAAUCCAAGAAUAUGUAAGGGAUGCAGGGAGCAAGGUCAACUUCAGUACUAUAUCGCAGUCUCUUCUAUCCAACUUUCGUUACCCAGACACUUAUAAAUAUAUUCUAAAUUUCACAAACUUUAACACGUCUAAGUUCAUCAGUGCUUUUGAUGAGUAUAAGGACUUUAUUUUGUGGAUUCCUAAUAGCAGAUACAGUUCCAACAUGACGUUCAAUAUUACGCAGCUUGUGAGAAAGACGACAAAUCUACAAAUGCUGCUUUACAAUGUAGAACAUUCGGAGAAAAUUCAAACCUUCUGGAAUCUGACUAGAAAGGGCCUUUCUACGGGACUGAUCCUUACAAGCAUUGGGCUUUCUCUCUGCGAUGAGGUUAACCUUUACGGAUUCUGGCCCUUUCCAUUUGACCAUAAGGGCCGCGACCUUCCCAUGCAUUAUACAGAAGACCUGCUGUGGGAUACUUAUCGUAAUUUUCAUGACUAUCCAUCUGAAUUCAUUCUUCUUACCAAACUUCAUCGGCAAGGUGUUUUGAAAUUACAUCUGGAUAAGUGUUUUGUUGACAGCCUCAGCUGA